AUGGAGACUGAAUUGCAGAAAAGCCACCAAGGAGGAGGACUGAAGAGACUGAGAUGGUCUGAUAAAGAAUUGGAAAAGAAAAAGCCUUUUGCUGAUUUUUGGAUGGGUACACAUGGUUCUGGGCCUUCUUUUGUGGUGGAAAGUGGUGUGGAGAAUGGGGACUCGAUUGGAUCUAGGAGUUUGAGUUUGAAAGAAUGGAUUACUUAA